AUGGCGGGAGCAUGGAGGACGGCUAUGGAUCUCUCCAUCAGAGGAGAUUUCCCAGGUGGGUACCCUCCGAAUUUCAUUUACAGGUGAAUCAUUGCAGGAGGAAGGAACCCUUUUAAAAAAAAAUCUCUGCUUCAUCUGGUUCUUGUUAUCUUAGCAGCAUGGACGAUGAUCUUGUGGAGCUCUCCUGGCAGAAAGGCGGCAUCGUUAUGAACAGCCAGACGCAGCGGAGGGCGGCGGCUUCGCUCAGCGAAGCCAAGAACUUCCAAAAGACCGAGGCUAAUCCCAAGUACAGGGAUCCCUUCGAGGGCUCGAUCAGGGAAGAAGAUGAGCGAGAAACCGCCACGUGGCUCCACUACUCGAUAGAGGAUUCCUUGGACGGGGACUUCUGCCCGGAGUUCUACGGGCUCCCGGCGGCGGAGCAAGAAGGUCUCGCAAAGCACGGCGCGGCUGUGGCGGCGGCGGAGGAAGAAGAUGGCGCCGUGUUUGGAGACUACGUCUUCAGCCUGCCUUCUGUCCCUGGCUUGAAGGAGGGCGUGGACAGCGUAGGCGGAGGAGGAGGAGAAGGAGAAGCAGGAGGAAGAGGAAGAGGAGAACGAGGACAAGAAGAAGAAGAAGAAGAAGAAGAAGAAGAAGAAGAAGAAGAAGAAGGAGAAGGAAAAGGCGGAAGAGGAGGAGAGGGGAUGAGAAACCAGGCGGAGGAGAGCUCCAGCAGCAAGAGGGAAGAGGCAGAGACCAACGGCCCGAAGGGGAAGAAGAGGAAGGGAGUCGACGCGGGCGAAUCCGAAUGCCUGACAGAGGUUCUUAGCUAGCCCUCUCUCUGAACACCAGCCUUUUUUUCGUGUGUAAAGCUGUCAUCUUUGCCUGACCCACGUCCUUCAGUGCUCCGGCGGGCGGCGGCAGGAGGCGGGCGACUGCGAAUCAGUGGAAGCCAGCCGGCGCCGCCGGAGAUCUGCCUCCUCCCGGCGGGCCCGCGCCGCCGAAGUCCACAACCUCGCCGAGAGGGUAGACCUUCUUCUUCUCCUCCUCCUCCUUCUUCUUCUUCUUCUUCUUCUUCUUCUUCUUCUUCUUCUUCUUCUUCUUCUGCUGCUGCUUCUAUUUCUGCUCCAGCUGCGGCUUCAAGACAUAAUCGAUUGUUCUUUCCCGAAAUGUACGCAGAGACGAAGGGACAGAAUCAAUGAGAAGAUGAAGGCGCUGCAGGAGCUCAUUCCCCACUGCAACAAGGUAAAAACCUUCCCACCUCCACCACUUAGAUCAUCCAUGCUCCGAAAGUCAACGACACAACCAAUCCGCUCGGUUUCCAUUUUCGGCAGUCUGACAAAGCUUCCAUGCUUGACGAGGCCAUCGAGUACCUUAAGUCCCUUCAGCUUCAGCUCCAGGUCAUCUCUCUCUCUCUGUCUCUCUCUCUUUCUCUCUCACACUAACUAACUGAGUUUUCUAUUACGGGCAGAUGA